CUAGACUCAUCUUUAUCGGAUUGAAAAAAAUCGUUUGUACCGAACAGAUCAUUGCAACAGAAAAAGAUGGAAAAACAAGAGAUACUGACUUAUUUCACAAAUCUUACUAAUAAUGAACCAGAUUUGGCAGCAGCUGUUGCAGCAAUAAAAACAUUAAUUCACCUCCUGGAAAUCAGUAAAGUUGAAACUGUGCAGGAAAUGAGAGAAAGUUUAAAGGAAGCUAUAAAUAUAUUAACUGAGACUGACAGUAGUACAACCUCUAUAUCAUCAGCUGGAGAACUCUUCCUUAGAUUUAUAUCACUCAAACUAACAUCAUUAGAAUAUUCAAAUAUUCAAGAAUUAAAGAAGUUGCUGGUUGAAAGAGGAAAUUUGUUCUUGGAUAAAGUAGCAGGAUCACGACAAAAGAUUGGCAAACUGACACAUCCAUUUAUCAGAGAUGGAACUACAAUUUUAACAAAUUCCAAGUCGAGAGUUGUGUUACAAGUAUUAAAGGAGGCAGCAGAAGCCAAGAAAAGAUUUAAUGUCUUUGUAGCUGAAUCACAACCAAACAAGUCUGGACACAAAACACAUGAAGAAUUACAAAAACUUGGAAUACCUUCUACUAUUAUACUUGAUUCAGCUGUCGGGUAUGUGAUGGAGAAAAUAGAUCUUGUAUUAGUAGGUGCUGAAGGUGUGGUCGAGAGUGGUGGCAUCAUUAACAAGAUUGGUACAUUUUCCAUAGGAUUAUCAGCUAAAGCAAUGAAUAAGCCAUUUUAUGUAGUGGCAGAAAGCUUCAAGUUUACAAGAUUAUAUCCCCUGAACCAGCAUGACCUUCCUGAUGAUUUCAAGUACAAAGCCAGUACCCUGAAAACUACAACAGAUUUAUUUAGAGAACAUCCAUUGGUAGACUACACACCCCCAGCAUACAUCACCUUGUUGUUUACAGACUUAGGUGUGUUAACACCAUCAGCUGUCAGUGAUGAACUUAUCAAACUGUACUGUUAACAUUGAAACAAAUAAAAAUAAAAUCUA